AUGGCCUCAGCAGCAGCAGCAGCUACGCCGCAACAUCCAGCAGGUCUGGAGCUUCUGGCCAAGGCCCCUAAACCCGUGCUCACCAUCGACGCAAGCAACUUGCCAAAGCCGGCCUCAGCAACUCCCAACUUUAUGGUACCUACCAUCCUCAUCACGCCUCCCGACGCGCCGCCCAGCUACUCAUGCAGCGUUCCCGAACAGCAGUACGAAAAGUCGGUGCUCUUCGUGCCCGUCAAGACCGAGGAGCUCGGGUGGGAUGAGCACGGCCUGUACUGGAACGGCACCUACGCCUACCCCAUCCACCAGAUCUACGACAAGGAGGGUCAACCGAUUGGAAGGCGACGCAAGGGCCCGCACGGUUACCGUUUCGAAGAGUACUACCACAACAAGACGCCGCGUCGAUCGGCACUAGCUUCCUCGUCGUCCUCGUCUCUGUCGACAACGACGUCGGCGGCGGCGGCAGAGGACACGGUCGAGGAGGCCUGUGUGCGUCUCGAGGAGCCUGCACCGGCGAGGGUCGAGAGUCUGGCUAAGACCGUUCCCACGCCAGAAGUGGCUAUGGAGGAAGAUGAGCUCUCCAGUCCACUUAGUCCGACACUGUCGGCCGCAUCGGAUUCAGCCGAGACCGAAGACUCGAGUUCGGUGGGUGACGAUUCCAACUCGCUGUGGUCUCGUUGCGAUGAUGCGGAGAGCAGCUGCACCUCGCCGGGCACCAUGUCUCCUCCACACAUGGAUGUUGAUUCGCCAGAACCGUUGCAGGCAGAGAAGCUCAGCAGGAAGCUGUCAAGUCUUUCCGCUGCGGAGGACAACAGGAUCAGCAAGACGGCAUGGUUGUCGCUGGGCACUCUGCCUUCGACCUGUUCUUCGGUAUCGACGUUGGCAUCGAGAUCCCAGUCGCUGCCGACUGCGCGCAGUGGACGAGGUAAGCCGGAAAUGGAUAUGUCGCACACGUAUCGGGCCACUUCGAGUAUGAUUGUGGAUGCACAGCAUCGCGAGUCGCGGAGACAUAGCAGUCCGUCGGCGUAUGCGUCGAUCAUCGAGGAUCUGACCACCUCGCCAUUCGCGUCGUCGUCGUCGUCGACAUCCAAGGUCCCGAGUCGCGCCGCGACAUUGCCGCGGGCACCGUCGCGGAGCGCAUACGCGCAGAGUCGCAGCAGCGUACUUCGUCCGCCGCCGCAGCAUGCCUCGUAUGUGCGGUCGCAACGGAGUAGCAGCACUAGCGCCAGCAGCAGUAGCGUUGGUGGCGGCAGGGAGUCGCUCAGGAGAUUCCAUGACGUUUCGAGCGGAUUCGAGCCCGAUUUCGCCGCUGGGUGGACAUUUGAGAACCCGACAAGUGCUCCGAUGAGCAACGUUUAUUGA